AUGUCGAAUCAAUUCUACCUGUGGGGCGAAGACGCCUCCACCGCCAUCGACGUCGAGGUCGAUCUGCAAGAAAACCUCGACAGCUUCAGACACACAAUCGCUGGCCAGUUCGCCAUCGUCGAGCCGUCAGGCAUCGACUUCCUGGCACCCGAAGGCCACAGUCUCGCCAGCCCGUCCGAAAUCGUCGACACACCCGGCCCCAUCGCCAUCUCCAUCGAUGGCAAAAAAGUGCGCGAGGCGCCCGCACCCAAGGGCCUGCCGUUCGUGGGCAACUACUACGAGAUCUUCCCGGACCACCUGGGCAACCACCAGCGGCUGUUCGACCACUACGGCGCCGUGUUCAAGACGACCAACAUGGGGCGCACGACGUACCACACCAACGACCCGGAAAUCGCCACCAUCGUCUUCUCCGAGUCCGACUUCUUCACCAAGCUCAUCACGACCGAGCACCCGCUCUACGGCAUCAAGCAGCCAACCGCCGGCAUCUUCCUCGGCGACACCGACACCGAGGACUGGCGCGUCGCGCACAAAUUCCUGCCCCCCGCCUUCGGCCCCAAGGCGGUGCGGCACUACGCACCCACCAUGCAGCGCACCGUCGAGAAGGCCUUCGACGUCUUCGACGAGCUCGACAAGAACGGCGAGGCGUGGAACGUCUACCAGCACAUGCUCAAGCUCGGCUCCGAGGCCGUCGGCAAGCUCGUGCUGGGCAUGGACUUCGGGCACUUCGAGAGCGUCGACGCGCCCAUCCACCGCAUGGUCCUGUGCAUCGCCGAGUCGCUAGAGCUGAACAAGAAGGUCACGUCCAUGGGCGACUGGUACGCGGCGCUGCCGUUCGGCGACCCCAAGCGCCUGCGCAACCUGCAGGGCGAGAUGGAGCGCAUGCUGGACGAGGUCAUCGCGCAGUGCGCCGCCGGCGGCACCGAGGACCUCGAGCUGCAGGAGGCCGCGCUCAAGGCGACGUGCGUCAUCGACUACGCCGUCCGCGCGGUGGAUAGCAAGGGCGAGCGCCUGCCCAAGAAGAACCUGACUGGCGCGCUCGUCGUCGCGACGGGCGCCGGCUUCACCACCACCUCCUCUCUCCUCUCGUGGCUCAUCUACGGCCUCGUCACGUACGACGGCAUGCAGGAGCGCCUGCUGCAGGAGCUCGUCGACGCCGGCAUCGACGAGGACACGCAGUGGGACGCCGAUACCGUCGAUAAGCUGCCCUUCCUCGUCAACUACAUCAAGGAGAUGCAGCGCCGCCACAACCCGUCGUUCCAGCCCGCCCGCACCGCGAAGGUCGACCUCGUCCUGCCCGGCGGCUACAAGAUUCCCAAGGGCGCGGUUGUCGUGCCCGCGCUGCACCACAUUCACAAUAACCCGAAGCUGUGGGAUAACCCGGCCAAGUUUGACCCCGAUCGCUGGGAGACGGAGAGCGUGAAGAAUAGGCAUCGGGGCACGUAUUUGCCGUUCGCCACCGGGCCGCGCGGGUGUAUUGGGUUUAACUUUGCGCUGCAGGAGGUAAGGAUUUUCUUGCCGAAGCUGGUGUACAGGUACCACUUUACGAAGGUGGGGGAUGAUGCGGUUGAGUAUGAUCCCAUGUUCCAGCUUAUUCGUCCGGUCAACUUGUAUGUGCGGGCCGAGAGGAGGCAGAAGUGGCCGCCGAGGAGUGAGGCGAAGGCGUAG